CUGCAUAAUCUUAUAGGUUACAAUGCCAAACAAGAUUGGAAUGCUGUGGACAAAUGGCCUCCAAUGAUUUUCUUUUUCAAACAUCAGAAACACGCACACCGUAAAAGGAUUGCACUUGUCUUUGUUUCCGUGUGGCAAUUGUGGCAUUCGUUUAUGUCCCCAGAAAAAGAAUGCGUGGUCUGUUUCACUCCGGUGUAUCACAACACACCUAAAUAAUCUGGCCUUUUUGGAUACGUGAGCAAGAACUAGUUCAUAGAAAAAAGCAACAAUUCGUUUCCUGCUAGUUCCAGUUCGCACAACUUAUCGUUCGACAUAGAGGAAUUUUCGAAGAAAUUUCGUUUUCUCCGGAUGGCAAAACUAGUGUGAAAGACAGCGCGUUUGUUAUAGGAUUUACGAAUGGAUAAAUUCAUUGGUUAAGGAAUUUUAAAUCCAAGUGUUUGAACUGAAAUAACCUGCCCCAUAGGAAAUCCAAAUAACGUGUUGUACUGAUUAGAUUCCGAUUGCAGCGCACCGCAUUUCCCGGAUGUCUCGACUAAAGCAAAGGCAACGAACGAUUGGCAUAACUACAAUUGAAUCAACAGCUUUAGAACUUUGGUGUGUUUCAACAAACAAGGAUGAUUUGGCUAACUGUGCUCUCAAUGCUUUUAGCUGCUAAUGUUCGCAGUCAAUCAGACACCUCCACUAAAUUACUCAUUUCCCACAACAUAUUCUGUUCAAUGCCCUACGCAGAUUUUCGCGUCAACGUUUACGAACACGCCGAUAAUCAAAAGACGAUCACGCAAAACAGCAAAAGGUAUUUCUACGCUCCCGUCGCUCUGCUGGACCCUCAAAGUGCUAGUUGCGUUUUCAACGAUGUCACCAAACAGAACGAGAUGCGAUUUCGAGUUGACAUGUGGAACGACAAGAUUCAAAAUCAAGUGGUUGAAUAUUUAAAAGAUUUUAUAGGUCAACAAGUUGACGCUACUCAAGUGCAAGUUGUUCCAUUAGAGAAAGUGGCACUGACCAGCACUAGGACGUCUGCAAUCUACACGUUAACAACGGAUUGGCUUCCGUAUGGCAAAUCAAUCUGGUUUAACCUGCCCUGCUUGUUUAGAAAGGAUUGCAAUCAACUGGCUGUGGACAUGCGCACGAAUCCCUUACUGUUCGAUCAUUUGAAGUUGCUGUACAGCCCCGAUUCACCGACAUCGCAAGCAUUCGGCAAUUCUCGCUUUCAUCCUAUGCAUCUGGUUCGAAACUCGGCUCCGACGGCUGACGAUUGGACUCAACUAGUGGCACGAAAUUCCGAUACGAGCAGACAAUUGAACGAAAUGAAAGUGACGAUCGAAGCUUUGAGAAAGACAUUAAACGAAUCUAAAAGUACAAGGCAUGAAACGCGAAGUCGGGAAUUGCCAGUUGAUGUAGAAACUCCAAGACAUUCGUCAGAAUCUUUUGGUCGUCCGACAGAAGCAAAGUCCACCGUACAGGAACUGAAGGACCAGCUGGCCGACAUUUCACAUCGACUUGAAGUCGCAAAAGAAAACUUGACGAAAGAAUUAAACGAAAACAAGAUUGCCAUCAAAACGUUGAAAAAGGAGUUGGCCGAAAUAACGAGACGCUCGGCAGACCAUUCGAGGCAGUUCACAGACAUGAAAGCCGAAUUGCUUAAGGAACUCAAAGCAGGUGUACCCACAACGACAUUCAGCCCAACGACGGCCGAAAUUCCGCAAUUUUACUUUGACUGCAGGGGCAGGUCGGAUGGAAAUUACGCCAAUCCAGCAUCCAAGUGCUCAAUUAGCUUUUACACGUGCGCUCACGAAAAGGCCGUCACGCUCAACUGCCCGAAAGGAACAGUUUAUCACCCAGAAAGAUAUCAGUGCGACUGGAUUUCUAACGUGGAUGGAUGUCAUCGACUCGCAUCACCUUAGCAGCACAGAAUAAUUUCACCAGAUUUUUUAAUGACCAUUCCAAAGAUAUCGCAUAAAUAAUUACUGGUUAUUGAUGUCACAUCUGAGUAGCUGCCUACUGCUAAGCCAUUACGAGAUACGAUAGGACAGACUUUGAAAUAAACAUAUUUCUCAAAUGA